UUUUCAUGUGAAAAAUACAUCAUUAUUUUGUAAUUUAAAUUAUGAUGAAUUCUAAAACAAUGACCGAAUCAAUCGAUAACAAUAAUGAAAAUGAUCCACUUGUUGAUUGUAAUGGACCAAAAGUUUACCUAAUGAUAUCAUCAGAUAAUGAUCAUAAAAUUAUCAACCAGGAUAAUCAAAUUGACAACAAUGAUGUUCAUAAUUCAACAUCAAUCGAUACGAUUGAAUUACAAUGGCAAAAUUUAAUCUAUGAAAUUAUCGUAAAAUCAUCGAAAUUAAAAAACAACAAUGAUAAUGAUACUAAAUGUGCAACGAAUCAACAACAUUAUUAUGAUAAUCGUCGACGACGAUUAUUACAAUCAUUGAAUGGUACGAUUCGUACUGGUGAAAUAACCGCAUUAAUUGGUCCAAGUGGUUCGGGUAAAACAACACUUUUAGAAUGUAUUUCUGGUCGUAAUAAACAAUUUAAUAUGGGCCAGGUAAAUGUCUGUACGUCAAUUGAACGAUCACAAAAAUCAAUCGAAUCGAUUCGUUUAGCAUAUUUAUCACAUACGGAUACAAUGAUGAUGAUAUUGACCGUCAAAGAAACAUUAUUGUUUGCAUCAAAAUUAAUGAUAACCAGUAAUACUAAUCGAAUAACAACAAAUCUUAUCCAAAAACUAGGAUUAGAUUCAUGUAAAAAUAUUUAUGUUGGACGUUGUUCAAAUGGUCAACAAAAACGUGUUAGCAUUGCUUUGGAAUUAUUAUUUUCACCAACAAUAUUAUUGUUGGAUGAACCGACCAGUGGACUUGAUUCGAUUGCAUGUAUCAAUACAAUACAAUUAUUACGUGAAUUAGCUGAUGAUUAUCGUCAACCAAUUGCUAUUAUGUUAUCAAUUCAUCAACCAACAGCAACAAUGUUAAAAUAUUUUAAUAAUCUUUAUGUUAUGUCAAUGAAUGGUUAUUGUUUAUAUCAUGGUCCAAGUAAUCAAAUAGUUGAUUAUUUAGCCGAAUUUCAAAUCAAUUGUCCUAAAUAUCAUAAUCCAGCAGAUUUUAUUACCGAAAUUGCUAUUGGUAAUCAAUGUGAUACAAAUCAAAUGGAACUAUUAAUAUCAGCAACAGCAUCUCACCAGCAACAACAACAACCACAAGAAUCAUCAAUGCGAAUAAUUCCAAUAAGAAAAAUUAUACAACAAUCACGUUCAAAUGGUAAAUCAGGCAUCGUACAACUUUAUCAUUUAUGGUUACGUUCAAUAAUGUUACAAUAUCGUAAUCCAUCAGAAUUACUUAUACGUAUAUUCGGUACAGGAAUUGUUAUAUUUAUCAUAGCAUUUAUAUAUAAAGAUAUGCGAUUAGGUGAAAAUGAUAGCUGUUAUCGUCCAAUCAUACGUAAUAUGAUUCGUGAUCAAAUAAAAAAUAAUCAAACAAUGUUGUUAAAAGAUUUUGAAUGGUCAAAACAAAUGUUGGAAGAAAGUCGUAAUCAAUUUAAUUAUGCAUUCUUAUUUUUUAUCGAAAUGUUUAUUGCAUUCAUAUCAACAUUACCGGUAUUGUUAACAUUUCCAAUGGAAAUCAUUGUCAUAAGACGUGAAUUAUCACAUGGUUGGUAUGGAUUACCGAUUUAUUUUAUUGCAAAAAAUAUGGUCACCAUAUUACCAUCAUUAAUUAUAUCGAUUCUAUUCGGAACAACUAUCUAUUUUCUUACCGAUCAACCAUUAGAUGAACAAUGGCGUUUUGUUUAUUUUAACAUUAUACUAAUGUUAAUGGCAUUAGUUGGUGAUGGUGUUGGUCAAUUAAUAUCAUCAUUAUUUGUUAAACAUGCAAAUCAGGCAUUAAUUGUUGCUGCAAUAUCACAAAUGGGUUUAAUAUUAUUUUCCGGUUUAUUCGUACCAAAUUCAUCAUUACCAAUACCAUUAAAACAAAUGACAUAUGUUUCACAAUAUCGACUUGGUUUCGAAUCUUUAAUCAUCAAUAUCUAUGGUUUUGAUCGUUGUCGUAUUAUCAAUGAUAAUAAUGAUGAUGAUAAUGAAUUUCUAACAAACGAAGCAUUAAUAAUCAAAUUAAUACGGCAACAAUUUUCAAAUGAUACAAUUGUAUCAUUGAAAAAAUGUGUAAAAAAUCAAUUAAUGGAUGAUGAACAGGGAAAAUUCUAUACAAUUUAUAAUGAAAUGUUUGAUUCAUUCGAUAUGAUUAUUGGUAGACCAAUGGAAACAUUUUCAAUUGCUAAACGUUCAUUCAAUCUUGAUGAUAAUCAAUUGUAUUUUAAUAUUAAAAUGUUAAUACUUUAUAUAUUUAUAUAUCGUAUAUUAGCUUAUAUUGUAUUAUAUCGAAAAGUUCGAUACUGA